GUUCACGUCGAUUUAUGGUAAUCGUAAAAUUAGUUCCGAAAAUAAUAAUUUUUGAUAUUUGUAGUGAGAUUGUUGUUGUGUGAUUAUACUUUUCUAAAUUUUGUGAAAAUCCAGACAACGUAAAAUUUAUUGUGAAAAUACCUUGUGUACUGAAUUUAGUUAUUGUGUUUAGUUUUGUUUAAUAAGUGUCCGAUGCUAUUGGGAAUUUUAAUUACGGAAUAGGAAUAUUUACAGCUCCGCAAAAGACGCAAGGUCUUCGCGAAGAAGCCACCCACCCAAAGAAGAAGCACCUUGACGCUGUGAGAUGACAAUAACUGCUUUGUUACCGAACACGUGAUUCACUGAGCGACAGGAGUGCGAUCGACGAAUCAUUAUUUGAAUAUUUAUGAAUACAAAUGAAACCAAAAUGACGACUGUGGAGAAAACCGAUUUUGUGACGGUCGUCUCCGUUGAAGCACCUAAAAUAACGAGCGCUAAAGCCCAACUGCCAGCGCGUACGAACGAAAACGAACCAUUUGUAACAGUUCUGUCCAUCGGCAGUAAUGAUAAACUAAAAAUCGACAUAAACAAAGAAAAACCGCACAUCGAACAAGUUAACGUUUACAGACUACCAGGCGAACGUUUGGGUUUCGGUUUGAAAUUCGAAGGUGGAACCAAAAGCGCGGAAUGUGUUAAGAAUUUGUACAUACAAAGUUGUGCACCCGAAAGUCCCGCUUCUAGAGUAACUGCCUCAUGGGGAGGCUUAGGAGAAGGUGAUGAAAUCAUGGCCAUUGGCGGAAGAACUGUAGAAACAAUGACAAGAAUAGAUUGCGUAAGAGCUCUUAAAGAUUCUCCUGUAGUUAUUGAGCUUAUGGUCAAAAGACGUCCAAAAUGCGGAAGUAAUUUAUCAGAUAAGCAGAAUGAGAGAAAACUUUUAGAACCACCGCCACCGCCUCCGAUACCGCCCCGAAAGAUUCCUAAACGCGGAAAUAAAAACGGAGGUGUAGUAGUGCCACCGAAAGAUUUUGCAGACAGAGAUGAUGAUAAAGGAAAAGCAUCGCCGAAAAGAAUGGCCUCUUCUCCACUUGUUUCACAGAAAAAUUUGGCAAUGAAGCAGCGAAGGAGUUCUAAUGAUAGCGGAUCUAUACCCCCAGAGGCAGAAGUUUAUUUAAAUCUAAUUGCCCAGGAGGCGGAAAUUCAGAGAACAGAAUAUGAAUCUGAUGAUACCGGUAGUUCUAUUUCAACAAUUGUUGACAGAUUGUCUUCAUUUCCAGCAACAUCUUGUUCAAGUAUAUGCGAGUCCACCAGCAUACCGUCGACUCCAAUUCUCGGCGCUAAAGAAAUGGAUAAAGUUUUGAGCCCUUUUGAGUUAUUAGAAAAGGAAUUUGCUACAAGAUUUGAUUCCGAUUUAAAGAAAUUAAAUGGCUUAUCAACACCUGGUAAAUUAUCAGAUGAAAUGUUGAUGUUACAGCCACCAGUAAAUUUUCAAGAUGCUCCGUUGAGUUAUGGCGAUGAGGAACUGUCAGAUGCUGUUAACGAUAAAGUUGAUAUGCACGUUAAUAAUUUAGAUAUAUCACCGCCGAGUUAUGAAAAUGUAAUUAUCAAUGAUUUAGUAAAAUUGGAUUCUACUCUAGAUGAAGAUGAAGUAGAGCAAGAGCUUAUGUCUGGUCCGCCAAAACCUUUACCGAGAAACAUAAAUUCAGCUGUAAGCAGAAUACCUAAAAGAAGAGCACCACCUCCGCCGCCUCCAAGAAGUUCAAAGAAAGAAGAAAACUCUAAGAAGAAAACAAAAUUCAAUAAAAUUGAAACUUGGUUAAAUGAUACACUUACUAACGGUGAUUCUGAGGAAGUAGAUUUCAUGGAAAAUGGGCAUGUUGAAGAUUUAGAUAAUAAUGAACAUGAAUCUGAAGACAAUCAAGACGAAAUAACAAAUAUCGAAGAUAUCGAAAUCAAAUUAGAAGAUGAUAUUGAUGAUAAAUUUGAUGAUGAAAUAGAACAUCUACCGCGAUUGAUUCACUUUUUGCCUAAAAUAUCACCUUUGAAUACACCGAUAAGCGAAAAACCGAACCCAUUUAGCGAUGACUUAGUAAUAAACGACGAAGAAAUUGAUAAUAACAAUGCCAUAAUUAAAGAAACAAUACUAAACAUAAAUAAUAAUACAUGCCCGAUGUAUACCCUGAACGGAUUAAUUGAACCUCAACAAUUAAAACAGACAAAGUUUACGGAGCCUUUCUUCAUUUCGCGUAAUUAUUAUGAUGAAGAACAGCAUUCGAUGAAUAAUGCAUUUAAAUCAUCGAACGAUUCUGAUGGAUCAUCUGGGUCUUCUGAAGACGAACUGCUAAUUGACAUUCCGGAAGGCCCAAGCGAGGCUUAUUUCACAUAUUGGGGAGGAUCGCAGUUACCCACAAUUGGAGAAGAUGAAGAAGAAUAUUCUUCUUUGGAAGCAUCUGACAAAGGGCCUGUUGUUAUAAUCGACAGUUCUGAAGACGCCGACUCGAAGCAAAUAUCUACGGCAAGCAUCACUUUGAACAACAACAUCGCAGAAAUCAAACAAAUUGAUGCAAUUAACAAGAAAGACGAUCUUCUGCACGAUAUUGAUGUUGCUCUAUCGCAGAAAAAGGCCAUGGAAAACUUAACUGAACCAACAAAAAUAAUUGAUACUCAUAAAAAUAUUAAUGCUGACAAAAACGAGUGUAAUCUGAAUAUCCCGUUGGAUGCAGUUGAAAACCAUGAAAAAUUAUCGGUUGAUAAAUGUGUUGUGGUGAAAAAGUCAAGUGCACUUCAAGAAGAUACAUUACCGAAAUCCGAUCUUUGCGCGUCAGACAAUCCGGUGUCAGGCAAUAAAAAAAGUGGAGAAAUUAUAGAAAAGAACUACCCAAGUGCAAUGAACGUUAUUGAGUCUACUAAAGUGGAUGUGAACUUUGAUACAGUGAGAAUGGAAUCUGAUAUCUUGGCAGAGAAUCUAGUAGUUGCCAAGACGUUAGAUGAGUGUUUAAAAGAGAACGUUGAUGUGGACUUGAGUGAUUUUUCAAAAGAGGGCGCCGAUGUGAAUUUAGAAGAUAUCGAGAUUGAUUUCGAAGAUCUGGACAAGGAGCUGGUUGAUGUCGACGCAGAAGAAAAGGCGGACGGCGACGGAGCGCCCAGCGAUAAUCAAGGUUUACCAAACUCUGGAACAAAGAGCCCAUCAAAGCUGCAACAGGCGGAUGCUGCGGAAAUCGCCACCGUUGUGCAAGAAUCUGUUGUCACAGUCGAACAGAUAACCGAAACUAAAGCAGACAUCGAUAAAGGUGUAGAUGGCACCAUGGAUUCAACCGCGCAGCUUUUGCCCGGUGGUGAGCAUCAUGUUAAGACGGCAAAUCAGCAUCCACCCAGUUUUUCACGUCUUCCCCCUGAUGGACACGAGUUUCCACCAAAUUACAUGGAGCCCAGUAGUCACCAAGAUAUUUCUAAUAAUCAACUUCAAAAAUUUGUAGAACAUACUGCGACUAAACAGGAUAAAAUAAAAAUGGAAUCGGAACAAACGAAAUUUGCUCAACCGUCUGUUGAUAUAAAAACAUCGGAAGAGAAGAGUAUUAACCCUCCGCUGCCUAGAUCGGUGCCUCCAUUGCAAACAUCUAAAGUGAAAUCCCACAAUGAUUCUCCGACAUCGGAUAAAGUAGCGAGAAAACUAUCUGGAGAUUUAUUAUUGAUUAAAUCGAAAGAUGAAGUGGACGAAGCAGCAAAAUAUUCUGCACGCAAACAUUCGGUUGGGUCAUCAGAAGACAAGACUGCAAUAAGUGAUUCUUUGAAAUUGAAAAACUGGCGCAAAGAUGUAAAAUCUUCCUGCAGUGUCCGGGAUAAAAUAGCUAUGUUUUCUAACACUCAUGAACCUGAGCAGCCACUUUUCCCGUCUCCUGCAGUUGUAUAUACACCCAGCAAACGCUUAUCCAAAACAUUUAAGAGUUCGGAGGAUGUGUUCAAUGGAGACGAUACUACAACCACAAUGUCGAAAAGAUUUUCCAAGUCUUCAAUGUCCAUUGAAAACACUGGAAUUACCCCUGUUUCACCCGAUGGUCAUUCAGUAACAAAAAGUGUGGUUCCCAUAGAUAGUUCUCCAGAAAAACCUAUUCAACGUUAUUGUUCAAUGGAUUUCCAGGGUAAAAUUACGGAAGAAAACAAUGAUGAAAUUAACACAAUUACGUUGAACACCUUCAAUACACUUCCAAGAUCUACAGAGAAAGUGAUUUCUAAUGGUAUUUUAACACGUACCACUAGCUUUUCUGGGCCACAAUAUAUUGAUUCCCAGAACAAUACUAAUGGUAAGCCCUGCAUGCCUUCUAAAUUAAAUGAAGAGCAACGAAAAAAUAGUUUGAAUUUACUAAUUGAACAACGUAGAAGAUCAAUAUCUAAGUUGCGUGGUUUGGUAAUUCCCGAAAAGGUACCCGAAAUACAAUCAAUCGCUCCAAUAAUUGAUUUGCCUGAAAUAAAAAGCAGUAAUUGUAUUUUAAACAAACCGCGUGUGCAGACGAAAACACCUGACUAUAGCACAAUCACACCAGUUAGGAUUUCUCCACAACUCGUAUCGCCACCGCCAUGGAAAUCUCCGCAGAAUAACAACGUACCUAAAUAUUCACCUGCAUUUAAGAGAAAAAGUUUGCAGCUAUAUAGCACAAGAACCAGUGAAACUGAUGCUGUAAACGGUAAUGCUGUAAAUGACAAUGUGGAAAUAAAGAAAACUCCAGCGAAACCUCCGAGGACAUCUUUGGUGAACGGUAACGGUUAUCGCAAAUCAUCUUUGACGAAUAGCGAUUCGCCGAAGAGUUUAGACAGUGCCAUUGACAAUUACGAUUAUUUGGAGAACAAUAAGUCAUUGACUUCAUCAAAAUCGGUAUUGCAUGAUUCGCGUACAGACGAUGACAGCGACAAUGAUUCUGCGGUCAGUUCGAGUCAGUCGAGCUAUGCAUCAAGAGAUUACUCAUCUCCGCCAUCACCACAUAGCGCCUUAUGCAGGACUCCUUCUUCGGAAACUGCAUCUAGUGCAACAUCCACACUGACGUCAGGAUCUCAUCCUAGCAGCUGCUGUGGAAGUAACUCUUCAUCGUCUGCUGGAUGCGGCAGAGUACUAAAGCCUCAGAGCGUAGAGGCUAUUAACCGUAAAAAUAUAUUGGCGUCUGCAAAAUGCCGUUCCGGCCGCGAUUUGAGCGGUUCGCCAUUGAUUCAACGAAAAUUUGAUGAAGACAGCACUGAUGGUAACGAAGAACCACCAUCAGCACCACGAUAUAGCCGUGUUAAACAAACUACUACCCCGGUAGCCGCUUAUUCUGAAACUGAUAGUACCGAACCAAGUAGUCUUGAAUAUGGUUUAGCUCAGCAAGAACCUGCAUCGGAUAGCGAUACUGAAAUCCGCAAAUGGGUGCGUAAUGAAGCAAAAUAUGUCAUAGCACCUACUACCGCAAUUACCCCGGUUACAACAAGCCGUACGCGAAGAUCACUUUUGGAAGACAGUGAUUCUGGUGAUUUAAUGGAUAUGCUAUCUAAUUCUAAUAAUAAAACUCCUUCGCCUGUCACUAGAAGCAAAACAGAUAUACUUUUAAAGGAAAAGCGUUCCACAAGCGUAAAUGAUAUUAGAAAAACUUUUGAGAAAACUUCACCGACAUCGCAAUUUGCAACUGGCCGUUCUAAAUUGAUGAAUAACCAUAAAGAUAAUAAUAAUGGAUUAAUUUAUAAUCACCAGCGCAUUUCAUCUUUAGACUCCACGACCAGUGAGGGGUCUUCGGGAGUCUCCUCGAUGUUGGCAAAUGGUCAAAAUAACCACAGUGGCUCAAGCAAUAAUCUACAGAGUGGAGAUUUUGGUAGCAUUUCUUCUUUGGCGUCUUCAACCAGCGUCAUCUCCCAGCAGGAGCUGCAGCAACUUAUUGACGAAGCAAAUUCUGUUUCUGAGGGAGCUUGUUCGCCAUCCAGCAAUAGUUCUACUAUGGCACUCGGCGAUGCUCUAGUAAUAGUUUUACAUAGAGAUGCACCAGGCAGUUCAGUUGGAAUCACUUUAGCUGGAGGUGCAGAUUAUGAAACUAAAGAAAUCACAAUACACAAAGUUUUAGUCGGUAGCCCUGCUGAUCGGGAUGGCAGAGUUCAAAAGGGUGACCGCGUACUUUCUAUUAAUGGAAAGUCAAUGAAAGGUGUAACACACAGAGAAAGCUUGGCUAUUUUAAAGGCACCACGUUCAGAAGUAGUUUUGGUAACUUCGAAGAGCAAAGGACUAAAUGCACCUUCAGUGGCGUCUGCUUCAAAAAGUAUUCGAAAAUCGAUAUUACUUCAACCAAGUAACUUACAAUCUCCAUCGGAUGAACAAAAGAUAUUGCCAUUAUCUGAUCCUAAUGCUUUGACAAUCACAUUGGAGAAGCAAGGUGCCAGCCUCGGUUUUAGUCUCGAAGGAGGUGUGGAUUCACCCUUAGGAGACAAGCCUUUACUUAUCAAGAAAAUAUUUACUGGUGGAGCGGCAGAUAAAGACAAUCUAUUGCGAGCAGGCGAUGAAUUAAUAAAAGUGAAUGAUCAAUUUGUGACUUAUCUUUCCCGGGUAGAAGUUUGGUCAAUGAUGAAACGAUUACCUAAUGGACCAGUAGAGAUAACUAUUAAAAGAUAAUAAGAUAGCUAUCAUUAAAGUGGAAUUAAUUUAUUUUAUUGA